AUGCCGAAUAGUACUGGUACUGCUGCUACGAAUAAUACUUAUAUUCCUCAAUCCCAUGUUGCUUUUCAUGAGGAUGAUUACACGCAUCCUUGCCAUCCACUAUACGUUCAUCCAUCAGAUGUGGUAGGAAACUCUUUGGUUUCGGUGCCAUUUGAUGGAACUUGCUAUGGUAGUUGGAAAAGGAACAUCCUUGUAGCUUUAUCCAUUGGAAACAAGUUAGAUUUGAUAGAUGCUAACUCUCAGAGUCCUCAUGAGGACUCUCCUCUGAUUCGACAAUGGAAAAGGUGUAAUGAUCUAGCAGUUUUAUGGUUGACAAAUUCGAUGACUAAAGAAAUAGCUCGCAAAUGGUAUGGUCAAGCGGAUGCUGCUAGGAUUUUUGAGCUAAAGAAAGAGCUGGCUCAUAUAUCGCAGGGUUCUCUUGAUGUGGCUUUUUAUUUCAAUAAGAUCAAGCAACUCUGGGAUGAAAUUGCUUCUUUAUCUUCUAGUAAAACCUAUAGUUACACUUGUGAGGCUAAAUCUAAAUAUGCCAAGGAUGAGGAUGUUUAG